AUGCUUACCUAUCCACCUUUUGGGGGGAGGGGAGGUUACAACUGGAGCGGAUCACGUACUCAACGCCCCGUCUGUACUUUUCACUUCCACCAUUUCCCGUCCAUUCUGGGAUCGACUGGAAGAGGCAUGAAGAGCAGCCGAAAGGCGCUUUGGCCGACGAUCACUGAUCGUACGCACAUCAUCCACCUGGACCAGUUUGAAAUCCGGCCUCCAGCCCCCCGGGGUGGGCCAGCCGAACCUAUCAGAAACCCGCCAGCCUUGCCAGAUGCCAACAGCCACUCGGGCCCUUCGCCCAGGAACGCUCCGGCCUGGGUUGUGGCCUAUAGUGGUCCGUCACUGGUACCUUCUGGUCCUCUGAGAUUACCUCCCAAUCGCUGGCUUGGAAGGUACCGAGUAUGUACCUCGUAUAGUACAACUAUCUUGAUGGUAACUAAACGUACUACGAGUAAGGUACCUGAAUUUUACUGGUACCGACCGGUGGUUACUGCCGGUUCCAGUAGUUGUGCCACUCACUCAACGCCUUCCUCACAGCGUCACCAGGUCCUUUCUUUCCCUCCCCACCCCCCACCGAGUCAUACCUCGAUCGUCCUUAUCGCCGUCAUCACCUCAAAUCCCAGCAUGACUGGUGGGUGGACUUUUCAGGUGCUUGUCUCUCGUCUCAUGACUGGUCUGGUUCUUCUCGCUUUUGCCUCCCCCAUUCCCAAUGGUCAUUGACUGACUCGGAUGAUGUUCCAGCAGGGAGAACUUCUGAGUAUUGGUUACUAUCGCUUAACUGCCAUUUCAUAAUGAGAUUUUUGGGGUUCCGUUGACUCUACCUCGUCAUGGCUUUCUCCACCGGUGAGGCGGCGCAGUUUCUGACUCGUCACGCGUCAGCCAAUGCUUCGAUGCUCUGGGCAUGAACCCCGUUGCUUCCAUGCGAAAAAAGGAACCACCAGCUGGACAAGUCAAUCGGUCGGACACGUUGUUUGCUCCCCCCUAGUACUUUUGGGCUGAUAAGGUACUGUCCUGGGACCAUUGGCCGUGAAUACUUCAUCCUAAAGAUGGGCUGAGUGACGACCGUUACCAUUGCUUGUAACUUCCGAGCCAUCGUGGGCAUUUCAAGAAGUCGCUGACAAGAGACGGCUUUUUUCUGAAAGGCUCGUCUGUAG